GUACUUCAGUUUAAGUUGUGCUGUGGAAUGAAAUGGCGACCACGAACAGUCUCGACGAUAUUUUGUCAACAGAAAUCGACGAAAAUGCUGUUAAUGCCCUAGUUGGUUCUUUGGAGUCACAGCUAGCCUCCACAACACAUAAGGACACUGCACAUUCUAUUUCUGAUGCUUCUAUGAACAAUAAUCAUAUAAGCAAUGCUAAUGCUCCGGUAGCAUGUACUUCAACUGUGUAUUUACAUAGCAUCCCAACACCAGCUUCGAAGAAUAUGACAAUUCAAAAUAAUGUAGCAUUAAAUAAUGCAAACAUAUCUCAUCUAAAAGCAUCUCACUCUGAUUCUCAGUUACUAGGUUUAAAUUCUAUUGUGUCAAAUGUGAAUUCCAGUGAAGGAGGUGGUUUAUCAGUUAAUGCCAAUAAUAUCAAUAGGAACUCGCCAGUGCCUGUGAAUCAUGUAAGAAUUGUUUCUCAAUCACCAACCAUUACAAACUCGCGUAAUUCACCAUCACCAUCAGUUCAAGGACAACUUAACAGUGUCAGUGUCGCAAAUGUACGCUCAUCAACGCCAAAUCAAGUUGUGAUAAACAAUGGACAAAAUUUACCAAAUGUGAAUUCUGCAAAUAGUGCUAAUUUUAAUGCAAAUGAUCAUAAACCUGUUAUAAGGUCUACACAUAACAGUCCAUUAAACCAAAUUUCUAGUCAGGAUGUGAAGCCUGGACCAACUCAAAUAGUGAAUAUCAAACACGAACCUGUUGGUUCACCCCAGACAGGGGUGUUAAGUGUGAAACAGGAGACAGGAUCUCCAAGCUCAGGAUUCGGUGUUAAGCAGGAGCACCAUUUAGCAAUACAACCUGUGCCUGGUGCACCACACAAUGUGCCUCAACCAAAUGUUCAGUUAGUGCAGGGAAAAGGACCAGUUGUUACAGGAAAUCCAAGUGUGAUUACAGUUAGGACACCUGGACAAACUCAUCCAUCACAAGUUGUUAUGCAACCUCAACUUAUCACAACUCAAUCUUCUAGUUCACAGAUGCAUGUAGUGUCUGUGAGUGGGUGCACUGUUGCAACACGUCCAACAGGAACAGUUCAAAUGACUCAAGGCAAAAAUAUUAAUCCGCGAAUGACAACUGCAGCUUUUAGACCUCAGCAAAUUAGUAUAGCACCAAGACCAGGAACAACGCAAAACACCAUUGCGCUGCCCCCUGGUGUUCAGAUACCUCCUGGAGCUCAGAUUGUACGGAAUGAGCAAGGACAACUAGUUUUUGUCAUCCAGCAACCUCCAGCAACCAGUGCAACGGGGCACCGUAUGUAUGUUAGACCCUCAAAUUCUCCUGGCCCAGGUCGCCCUCAACAGAUAGUGACAAUUCAGCCUCCUAACUCAGCCCUUGCACAGCAGGGAAUCCCCCGACAGGUCCACCUAAGCACUGUCUCUACAGCCACCCCUGUACCCAGUCUGGUCCGCACUGCCCCUCCUGGGACUGCCAUCCACUCCACGGCGUCAGGUAGGAGGCCAACAAGUGCACCUCAACAGCCCCCUGACAAUGUCAAAAAAUGCAAGAAUUUUCUGUCUACUCUCAUUAAAUUGGCUCAGAGUCAACCUCCACAAACUGUCAAAAAUGUUCGAGAACUGAUCCAGGGCCUUAUUGAUGGAAAAGUGGAGCCUCAAACAUUCACAGAGAAGUUGCAAAUAGAACUUCGAUCAUCACCUCAACCAUAUUUAGUGCCAUUCCUUAAGAAAAGUCUGCCAGCCUUGCGCCAAGCAUUAAUUGCCAAUACCAUGACAAUAGAUGGUGUCAAGCCCCCUCCCUUGGAGGUUCUUCAUCCUGUGGCAUCCAUGGCGACUCUAGUCCACCCUCAAGUUCCUCAUCCGUCCAGUCAACAUGCAGCUGUGCGAGGCCAACCAAUUAUUGGAAUUCCUAAAACUGUGACAGCAAUCUCGGGGAAAACUCAGCACCUUCCAGGUGUGGCAGGAGCACCCUCCCGGAGUUCUACCCCACACAAAGAGAAAACCAAAUAUGACUCUCUCAAGGACGAUGAUGAUAUUAAUGAUGUGGCUACCAUGGGUGGUGUCAAUCUGUCAGAAGAGAGUAAGAACAUUUUGGCCAGUAAUGCUGACUUCAUUGGGACACAGAUUCGUUCUUGUAAAGACGAGGCUUUCCUGCAUCACGGACCUUUACUUAGUAGAAUUACAGCAAUAGCCAAGAAGCAUGGGUUAGAUGACAUCUCAUCUGAUGUUGCUAAUCUGGUCUCACAUGCGACACAAGAACGACUCAGAGAUCUGCUAGAGAAACUCGACACCAUAGCUGAACAUAGGAUAGAAAUAUAUAAGAUGAAUGAUAAGUUUGAGGCUUCAAAUGAUGCCAAAUCUCAAUUAAAGUUUCUCGAGGAACUUGAUAAACUAGAAAAGAAACGGCACGAUGAUCAGGAGUGGGAGAAAAUUAUGAAGGCGGCGAAGAGUCGGUCAAAAAAUGAAGACCCUGAGCAGCAAAAGAUAAAACAAAAAGCCAAAGAGUUACAACAGGCUGAGAUAGAGAGGAUGAGGCAGGAAGAGGCCAACCAGACAGCCCUGGCAGCUAUAGGACCGAGGAAAAAGAGGAAAACAGACUUUGGAGAGAUUAGUACUACCGGAAGUGGAGGAUUUAGUGUUAGCAAUGGAGGCAGUUCUUCAUCUUCAAAAACUCAGACCAGCACACGGCAGAGAAUCAAAAGGGUGACAUUACGAGACGUUUUAUUCUUGAUGGAGCAGGAGCGCUCACUGGGCAAAUCAACUCUCUUGUACAAAACAUUCCUCAAGUGAUAACAUGUCAUGGUUUAGGCAGGUUCCAGUCGAGACCAGUUGGCUGUUCAGCAUUUCUGUGUUGAAGUGUGUGAUGUAAUUCUGUAAACCCCAGCCACAUAUAUUUUUCCAAGUUCCUCUAAGCUUGGAUAUACAGAAGUGACAGAAACUUCCAAUAUGUAGGCGACUGUCACAGGAAACAGCUGAAAGAAAGAUCUGCGCCCAGGACGACACUACUCCAUGAAAGAUAGGUUCCAUGGAGGAAGUUCCCAAAAACAGGCUGAAUUUUGUCAGCUGUGUUACUUAUUAUAAACAAAAACAAAAUACAAGACAAGAAUUUCCUGGAGGGAAUGAUUUACAGUGCUAGUGUAUGUGUGUGUGAGAAUGUGUUGAACUGAUGGGUGGUAGACAAUUCUAGUAUUAUAUGUAUUAGUAUAAGCCAUCUGCUGAGUUUCAUUCACAUAUCCAAGCUUUCCAUUCUUAAAAACCAGCAAGCUAAUACUCAUUUGUUAAUGCAGUGUAAAUGUACACGAUUUCAUUCCCUGAAGUGAAAUAUUUCUUAUAGAGGUAAGUGUUUGUAUAGAUGCACAUUCAGUGUUCAGGAUAGUCCAGUGUUAAGAGUUGAGUUCAUGAUUUGGAUUUAAUAGCCUUGUAAUAUAUGAUACAAUAUUAACACCAGAAUUUAAUGUUUAAAAAUUGACAUGUACAUAUACAUAAUAUGUGCGGUAAAAAAAUUAAAAGGCAGGAAAUUCAGUGGGGGAGGUGUGUUAAACCCUUUGUUGAAAAUGUAGAUGUCGUACAAUUCUCAAUUUUUAUGUUUGGAUAACUAUCUUAGUUUUGAACAUGUUGCUAAGCAAAUCCCCUGAGAUCUAGGGAGAGAUUGCAGAUUUAUAAAAUGUAUUAAUUCAAGUCACGUGACUGCCAGUCAUUUGUAUGUAUGAACUACAUGUAUAUUUUUUAGGGGUAAGAAAACUAUGAUUUAGGUGAGAAACUUACUGUAAGACCUUAAUGUUUUAUUAAUAUAGUGGAAGAACUACAGUACUUGACACCCUGUGAUGUUUGAUGUGAUAAUAUACAAAAUAAAAAGCAUUAAUUUAUGAUAGUGAGAUGACCAUUAUACAUAUUGCUGUACUUAGCACUGACAGAAGUCCAGCUAUUCAUUUAAUAUCAAACACUGGUAAAUCCCCAGGGAGUUUCACUCUAUAAGAUAGGCAGUGUUUUUGGAUGGGGUAAGCUAAAACUAUCUUCAUUUGAAUUUUUUCAUUCAAAAGUUGUUUUUUUUCUUGUGUGUAUCAGAUCAAAUUUACUUAUUAACCGUCUCACCAAAAAAAAAAGAAAUCUUUGCCAAAUACUUACAAGUUUGGAGGCUGAUAUGUUGAAGAAUUCUGUUAUAUAAGGCAGCAUGGGUGAAAAACCUCUACACUUCAGAAAGAAUUUUUUAGUAAAGGCCCCUAACUUUGUGUUAAUAAUUUUAUAUGUAAAUUUAUCUUCACUAAUCUGUAAAUUUACAUGUUAAUCAGAGCUGGCAAUUUCUUCCAUUGCAUAGACUAAAUUGCAUUAACUUAAUUUUAUGCCAGGAUUGCUGGCAACCUAAUUGAAUGUAUACAUUUGAUUCUAUAAUAUCUUUUGCUUGCUCCACAUUAAGUAUUAACACAUCAGCUUUCUCUGUGGUUAGCAAUAUAGACCCUUAAGGUCUCUUGGUCUAUAAACUGGCAUAACAGGAUUUGUGGCAAAGACAAGGUACCCCAGUUAGUGUGGGUGACGAAGGCAGCUUCAGGAGUUCAGAAUAUGUUUUGCUGAUUUUACCCCUAGUAAUUGCUGUAGAAUUGAUGAUCUCUUAGCCAGUUAAGGGAUUUUAUAAAACUGCUAUGUUACUUGUAUCAUUCAAGGCAAGAUUCAAGUGUGUGUAUUUGCGUGUGUGUGCAUUGAAAUUUACUGUAUUUCAUUUUGUGUAAUCACAGCAGUGUGUGUGUGUAUACUAUGUUUCACCAUAGUAAAUAACAAUGGUUAAAUAAUUUAUUGAUAAUGGUGUGUACAAAUAAAUCAAUGUUGUGCAUCCUGUGUUUUGUACAGAUACAUUUAUAUUUUAUACAGUGUUACAUAUUUUGAAGCUAAUUUUAUUUGUAAAUAUCGAUCACAUGACAGUCAUGUGACAAGGCGGCCUCAGCCUGUAAAACAUCUCAAACAGUAGUGAAUUAUUUAUCUACUAUUGAAUUUACAUGUAUAUCCAAUGAUAUGGGAGUUGUCAUUUUGUUUUAAAGUAUAUAAUAGAAAAAUUAUGUGAAAAUUUAGUUUUCAAACUGAUUGGAUAUCUAUGGAACUAAUAAAACUGAAAUGCUA